GGGUGGAAGCAGCUGCCUACGGGUCCCCUUUUGGGCCAAACUUGUCUCCCCUCUUUGGUCCGCGUGUUAGCUUAGCGGCUACUUGAGCACUUAAAGGAUGGCAACAGAAGCCAAGCGUCAGAAGGUGGACGACAGUUCAGAGCGUCUGAAAGACUUCCUUCACUGGUGCGAUAGAGUUGGUUUGGUCCUCAGCAACAAGGUGUGUCUGAGCAAAGAGGGGACGGUGGCAGAUUAUGGGAUGCUCGCCACCGACGACAUAGAGGAGGGCGAGGUGCUAUUUACCAUCCCCAGACCAGCUCUGCUCCACCAGGGAACCACAAAGGUGUCCUCCUUACUGGAGAAAGGUGACGGUUCAAAGGCAAAUAUCAGAGUACAGAGAACGGCUAACUGCUCCGGCCUGGUGAUGGUGAUGUCCUCCACCCCCCCCACAGAGAAGCAGUCCCUGGAGAGCUCCUCGGGCUGGGUCCCCCUGCUGCUGGCUCUGCUCUACGAGUACACGUCCCCGCAGUCCCACUGGAGGCCGUACCUCUCGCUGUGGCCGGACUUCAGAGCGCUGGACCAGCCCAUGUUCUGGUCCAAAGAGGAGCGGGCGGAGCUGCUGAGGGGGACAGGCCUCCCAGAGCUGGUGGACACGGACUUAUCCAACAUCCGGCGCGAGUACAAAGAAGUGGUUGUGCCUUUCAUGCUCCGACAUCCGGACCUGUGGAGCCCAGACACGCACACGCUGGAGCUGUACACGCAGCUGGUGGCCUUCGUCAUGGCGUACAGCUUUCAGGAGCCUCAGGAGGAGGAGGAUGAUGAAGAUGAGGAAGAGGAGGAGGAGGAGGAUAAGGCCCCCAACCCCCCGGUGAUGGUCCCCAUGGCGGAUAUGCUCAACCACGUGUCCGAUCACAACGCCAACCUGGAGUUCACCGCCGAGAGUCUGAAGAUGGUCUGCGUGCGCCGCAUCGCUAAGGGGGAGGAGGUGUUCAACACCUAUGGGCAGAUGGCCAACGGGCAGCUCCUGCACAUGUACGGCUUCACCGAGCCGUAUCCCAGCAACCGCAGCGAGACGGCCGACAUCCCCGUGGCCAACCUCCACAAAGCCGCCACGCAAGGGGCUCAGUCUGAGUCGGAGCGGGCCCUGAACGAGGAGCGUUGGGAGGUGCUGUGUCACAUGACCCGGGACAGAGGAGCCCUGGUCUUCGGCGAGCGGGGCUGCCUGACCGACUCGGAGCUGCACUCCGCCCUCAAGGUGGUGCUGUGCAUGUCGGCAGAGGAGCUGUCAGAGUUCAGAGACAACGACGGCUGGGAGGAGGACGAGGAAGACGAGGAGGAGGAGGAGCGGAUUUCCCGGGCGUUCUCCAUCGAGGGCCUCCCUGAGCUGCAGCCGGCCUGGAGGCGGCUGCUCCACCAGGCGGCCCGGCUGACCCUGAGUUGCUACGGAGACGGGCGGCCGGAGGGGCCGGACGCCGACCGGGCGCUGCUGGAGGACCGGGCGGCGCUCGGGGCUCUGAGCAGCCGGCAGAGGCGGGCGCUGCAGGUCCGCCUCGGGCAGAAGAUGAUCCUGCACAGACUGAUGCAGCUCACCCAGCUCUGA